AUGCAUUUCUGUUCUGAAAAUGUCGGCCACGAAGGUACAGGUUCAUCGAGAUCGCAGGAGGCUGAGUCUAUGGCUCGUCAUUCGUCCGUCGUUGCUCACAACAGUCCAUGGGAAAAAGCGACCGGGCUGGCCGCUUUGCGUCAUGUAGAGAUGAGUCUUGUUGACACAGCCCCAUUCGAUAAGCAGCAUUCAUACCUUCCAUGA